GCGCUCAGGUGGACCAACAAGGUUUCUAUGUGUUUCAUGUCUACUUGUAGAAUAGAAGAUGAUAGAAGAUGACAGAACAUGAACACGCCUUCCUAGAGUUGUUUAUCAGGUGUGUUUAUGGCCAUCAUGUGACCUUUGGAUCAGAACCGGCUGAUAACGACAACAAAGUUGAUGUGAGCUCGACAACGCGAGUCUUCUUCAUCGGCAAGCGUAUGUUUGUGCAAACGUGCUGUUUUCUCUCACAGUUUGACCAACAAGAUGGCCGACAGGAAGUCAAACAGGAAGUGUUGUGCGCUUUCCUCCAUGGAGGCUAUGCUGAUGGUGCUUUUCGUCGCCAUGACGACUGUCAGCAUCACGCUGAUUACGCUGAUGGUGACCGGCAAAAGUCCUGACCCGACUCCGCCCCCAAGUCCAGAAACACCACACCAGCCUUUCCUGAUUGGCGUGGGCCGGGCUGACUGCACCGGGCCCCCAGCUGACAUUCCUCUGAUGGGCUAUGCUAACCCUCAACAGACAGCCGCAGGAAUUCACACGCGCUUGUUCAGUCGGGCCUUCAUCGUCGAUGACGGUCAGCACAGAGUAGUCUUCGUCACUGUCGACGUGGGAAUGAUAUCACAGAGGCUCCGACUGGAGGUCCUGAAGGCCUUGCAGGUGAAAUAUGGCGACCUGUAUCGUCAGGACAAUGUGGUUUUGAGUGGGACACACACCCACUCAGGCCCGGCCGGAUACUUCCAGUACACGCUCUUCAUGAUCAGCAGCAAAGGCUACAUCAAGUCAUCCAUCCAACCGCUGGUAGACGGCAUUGUCAAAAGUAUAGCCAUAGCCCAUGGUACCAUGCGUCCAGGGCGCGUCUACAAGAACCGAGGACACCUGGACGGCAGCAGCGUCAACAGAAGUCCUCACUCGUACAACAACAACCCCCAGGGCGAGCGACUCAGGUACGAGGACAACAUCGACAAGCGGGUGGUGGUUCUGAAGUUCACAGACCUGGACGGAGACGGCAUGGGCAUGAUCAGCUGGUUCGCUGUGCACGCGGUCAGCAUGAACUACACCAACCGCCUGCUGAGCAGCGACAACAUGGGCUACGCCGCCUACCUCAUGGAGCAACACAAGAACCGCGGGGCGCUACCUGGCCAGGGCGCUUUUGUGGCUGCUUUCUCCUCCAGUAACCUUGGCGACGUCAGUCCAAACACUCGAGGUCCUCACUGCGUCAACACCGGAUUAGCCUGCGACUACCUGAACAGCUCGUGUCCUGAUGGAGGGACUAGGAUGUGUAAGGCGUUUGGACCUGGUGAAGACAUGUUCGACAGCACCAGAAUCAUUGGACUCAACAUCUACAGGAAGGCCAAGGAACUAUACGCCAACGCAGUGGAGGAGGUGACGGGCGUCCUUCGCUCGGCUCAUCAGUGGGUUAACAUGACUGAUGUCACCGUGCACAUCAAUGACACGCAUGUGGUGAGCACAUGCAAACCCGCAUUGGGUCACAGUUUUGCUGCAGGAACCACAGACGGAGGAGGAGAUCUCAACUUCACACAAGGUGCUGUGGAGGGUGACCCGUUUUGGGACGGCAUCAGAGACACCCUCCUGGGCCCACCGUCCAAUCAGACGCAGGAAUGUCACCAUCCCAAACCAAUCCUGUUUAGCACAGGAGAGAUGAACUGGCCGUUGCCAUGGCACCCAGAGAUUGUUGACGUUCAGAUCAUCACAGUCGGAUCCGUUGCAGUCCUUGCUGUUCCUGGGGAGAUGACCACUAUGGCGGGCAGACGGUUAAGAGAAGCUGUUAAACUGGAGUUAGAGUCUGGUGGUGCGUUCAAGGACCCUGAGGUUGUGAUUGCAGGCCUGAGCAACAUAUAUACGCACUACAUCAGCACCUAUGAGGAGUACCAGGUUCAGAGGUACGAGGGCGCCUCCACCAUCUACGGCCCGCACACGCUCAGUGCCUACCUGCUGAAGUUCGCUCACCUGGCCCGCGCCAUUGCGCAGGACAAAGCAGGAGAUCUUCCACCGGGUCCGCCUCCUCCGUUCUUCGAGAAGAAUCUUUUUAACCUGUUGCCCACGGCGCCGGUCGAUAAGAAACCGGACAACAGCACUUUUGGAGAAGUCCUGCAGCAGGUGCUUCCUGUCUACAGACAGGGGGACGUCGUGUCCGUCACCUUCGUGGCGGGGAACCCGAGGCACUCAGGAGACGUGAGGGAUGGAAGCUUUGUUGCCGUGGAGAUGCAUGACAACUCGAGCGACACCUGGACGCUGGUGCACACUGAUGCAUCAUGGGAGACCAGGUUUCACUGGCUCAAAGGCCCAAACCGCCACAGCAACGCCACGGUGGAGUGGCACAUCCCGCCGAACGCCGCCAUCGCCGCCUACAGGAUCAAACACUUCGGCCACUACAAGACCAUGAAAGGCCUGCGGCCCGUCAUCGUGUCCUACGAGGGCAUGUCUGACGUCUUCCAAGUGGUGGCUAGUUUUUACUACGAGUGACGUCAGCUGGCAUUUACUGUUCUUCUUUGUACUCGCCACUGAGUACUGCAGGUCAUGUGACCCCCUUCUUCCUGUCAAUAUUUGUAGUUGAGAUAGGAAGCCACCAAUCAGAGCGUGUGAAAACUUUAUGGAAAAUAAAUCCGCUGAUAACCUUUGUUUU